UGGCAGGCUGGGCUGGUGGGACUCCUCUGGACGUCGUCCCACGCCUCCCAGCACUCAUGGGCAGGGCAGGGACUGACCUGGUGCUUGUCUCGGAGGAACUUCUGCAUUCCCAGCUGGUGCCGGGGAGCUGGUUCCUGUGGAUGGCUCAGCCCAGGGAAGGAGCAGCAAAUGGGAUGUUCAGUGCUGACAUCUUUCUUAUACCUCCCUUUGGAAGUAGCUUCUGGGAUUAGCCACUGCAGAAAGACUGCAGCCCUCUCACAGAUCAUCUCUAAAGUGCUUCUCUACAUGCUUUUGCACAGCUCCUAAGUGGAAACUUUGUUCCAUGCAUGGAUAAGGCUUCGAAAGACAUGGCUAUCCAGUAAGCAGAGCUCUAGCACAGCUGGAAGAUGGAUAACAGUUUCGCAUCUGGAGAAUCAGAUCGUCUAGCUGAUGUGGCCUUGGCUUGGAAGAGUCUUCAGAAAGCCAAAGCAGUGCUACAAAGGAUUGAAAACAAAUUUUAUCAUCAAACGUGGAGUUGUGCCAAAUCACAGGCAGCCAGAAGAAAGCUUUGGCAUGAAAAAAGCUUUGAUGGCAAGAAGAACAAAGAUGAAACAGCCUCAAAUGAGAAAAAGAGCAAUGAGAUUCCUCCAGCCUGCAGAAAGGGAAACUGUGCUGCUCUCUCCUCUGCUUGGUCACAGACCUGUUUCCUCGAGAGCCCUGCUGUGAGCUCUGACCCAUCCAGAAUGAUCCCUCUGUUCCCCAGGGAGGACUCACACUCAUCACCUUGCAGCCCUGCCAGGAGGGAGGCUGCAGAUGGCAAAGGCACACUUGGGACACAAUCACCUGCAAAGAGCCUGUACCGACCAAGAGGGGACAAUUUCAGGGAGCAGGCAGAUUCAAGAGGUCACACAGUACAAAAGGAAAAAUCUCCCUGCUCUCUGCAUCACCCACCUCACUCCCCUGCAGGGAGCAGUCCAUUCUCAGCUGUCCCACCUGGCAGCAGGAGCAACACUCCUGUGCCCACGGCUGUCUUGCUUCCUACAUGCCACCUUUCAUCAGCCAGCAAGCCCAGUGAUCAGGAACUGGAAGAGUUGGGGAAAAAAACACCUCAAAAUAAAUUAGAGCAACUCAAGAAGAGAAUCCAGGAGCAGAAGCAAAAGCAGCAAGUAGCAUCUCAGGAGCAGAAGUGCCUGAUUUCUGCCUACGCUAAAGAGCCACUGCAAAAAAGACCCCUGAAGAGAAAGGUGUGCAAAGUGGCGUCUGCUCCUCCUCCUCCAGUUUACAGAGGUUUUAGUGCUGUGAACCUGAGGUCUGUUCUCUCCUUGCCUGAUGAAGUUCACAGAAUACCAGGCAGAGAAGACUUUACCAUCCCUGGACAAGGGAGGGGUUAUAACCCCCCCCCCCAAGAUCCCAGACCAAAGAGAGAGAAGAUCAGCACAGAGAAUUCAAACACAAAGCCAGAGACAGCCUUCACCCAAGUCCUUUGUUCUGGAGAGAGCAGCAACAGGUAAAGGUGUGAAGGUACCUGGUGCUUCUGCAUGGAGAGAAGGUCAGAAGUUAGCUAGAAAGUUGCUUGGUCCACUCCCUACAUUUCCAAAUCUGAGGAGCACAGCUGAAGAGCAGACCACAGCAAAUGGCUUUGAACCUGGUAAAGGAUUUGAAUUCAAAAGCUGUGUGGUUACCCCCAGCAACACUAUUGAAAGGGGCAGCAAUGCACCAACCAAGGAUACAAAACAAAU